GUUUUUGUUUACUUUUGUAAUUUCAGAAAAAUUAUUUAUAAAAAAUGUUGAAAAAUUAAGAAUAAUUUAUAUUUAAUAAAACUAAAAAUGUUGUGCUGUACUUGUUUAAUGGAAACACCCAAAAUGCUGGACAUUUAUGAUGAAAAUGGAAUAAAUCUUAAUAUGGCCGAUAUUAUAGACAAAUAUUUUUGGUUUAAGACAAAUCCAGAUAAUUCCCUUACUUCCCAUAUAUGUAGCAUAUGCUGGGAGAGAAUUGAAAAUUUUCAUGACUUCUAUCAAAGUGUGGAAAAAGUACAUAAAAAAUUUAAACAACAUCAACAUAAACUCGAUAUUGUGAAAGAGGAAACUACGCCUAAUAUCAAAUUGGAGGAGGAUGAACAUCAAGAUGAGAUGACAUACGAGAAUAAUAUUUUGCAAAUGGAAAUUGAUAUUAAAGAAUCUGCAGGAAAUAAAGUGGAAGAGUCGGUUUUAGAAAGAAAUCCCUUAGAAAAUGAACAGUUUUACAGUGAUGGUAAUGAAGAAGAAAAUUUUGAUGAAGGCAGCAUUACAACGGAUGAAUAUGAGCCCUCUGAUAACAGUGAAACUGAGGAGUUAAUAAAUACAGAAAAAUCAACGGAAAAUGUAAAUAAAAAGAACGCUAACAAAAGUAAAUGCAAGCACAAAGAUUCUAAUAAAUCAGAGACAAAUAUUGCAGAACCUAAAAAGAAAAGAAGUUCACAUCGUUUAGAUCCCAUGCUAAUAGAGCAAUUAAUUAAAAAACACAUACCAAUGUUGUGUGAUUUGUGUGUUUUUUCGGGCAAAACAUUUUCCGAAAUUAUAGCUCACUUUAAAGAGCACCAUUCACAAGUACAACCUUAUAUAAUGUGUUGUAAUAGAAAAUUUACCCGAAGUUAUUGUAUCGAUCAACACGCAAUAAUACAUGAAAAUCCUGAUUCUUUUAGGUGUAAUGAAUGUAAUAGAUCAUUUACCACAACCUAUGGUUUACGAACCCAUAAUUUAAAUCAUCAUGCACCAGAGGAAAAGCGUAUUCAUGCUUGUGAAUUUUGUCCAAGGCGCUUUGGUAGGCGUCAGCUAUUAGAAGUGCAUAGGCAAACGCAUAUACCAAAAGAGGAAUGGACGAUAACUUGUACAAAAUGUACAACACGCACCGUAAAAUUUGUUUCGCAAUAUUUGCUAAAUAUACACAAUAGUAUGUUUCAUAGAAGAGAAGCUAACAUUUGUCAUGUUUGUGCUAAGGAAAUAAAGGAUAAGAAAGCUUUUGAAAAACAUGUUCGUGCCCAUUUUGAGGAUAGUGGACCACGCGUUAAAUGCACCUAUCCUAAUUGUGGCCGCUGGCUAAAGGAUGAAGACAAUUUAAAAACUCAUAUGCAGCUACAUAAUCUGGCCGGUAAAACAUAUAAAUGUUCGGAAUGUGCUAAGGAAUGUCCUAAUCGUAGAGCAUUAACGAAUCACAAGCGUUAUGUUCACUCUAACCCAACGUUUCGUUGUGAAGAAUGUGAUAAAACUUUUAAAAAAGCCAUAUCCUUAAGGGAGCAUAUGACCCAACAUACUGGUGAAACAUUAUAUAGUUGCCCCUUCUGUACAAGAACAUUUAAUUCAAAUGCCAAUAUGCAUGCUCAUAAAAAGAAACAACAUCCUAUUGAAUGGAAAGAAUUAAGAAGAAAAAAUAUUGGUCCUUUACCAAAUUAAUGACCAUUUUUCUAUUUUUCUUUUAAUAUAAAAUUAUUAUUUUUUUAAAUUGA